CAUCUUUCACGCAUACACAACUGUCGUCAAUAUGGCAAACGCUUUCGAAAACAACGCAUACGGCCAGAAUUAUUCCACCGGAGGAGGUGCUGGUGGUGGCUUCAUGUCAGGCGGUAGUCAGAGUGCAUCGCAAAGUGGUGGCAAGAUGGCAGCUUUGCAAACUUUGCGCCCUCUCACAAUUCGACAAAUCCUCAAUGCAACUCAGGCACACGCUGAAGCUGAUUUCGUUGCAGAUGGUGUGGGAAUCGGACAGCUCACAUUCGUUGGAUACGUUUCAAGUAUCACCGCAAACCCUACAAACGUAAUCUAUGCAAUCAGUGAUGCAACGGGAGUGAUCGAAGUUCGUGUUUGGAUGGAUGCAAACUCCGGUACACAAAAGUUCAAACAUGUGAAAGAUUUUGACUUCGUUCGUGUAAUUGGUGGUAUCAAAUCAUUCCAACAACGUCGUUAUAUCAAUACAGGUCAUAUGCGUGUCGUUACUGACUCUAACGAGAUCUUCUAUCAUCAAAUCGAAUGCAUUCAUGCACAUCUUUCUCUCAUCAAAGAAGCCGGCGGCAGUGUUGGAGGCGGCGCAGGCGGCCAAGACGCAUAUGCGAACAACGAUCGAAUGCGAUUGGAUGACGAUAACAAGUAUGAACAAUUUACAAACCCACUCCAUCGCAAAAUCAUGCAGAUUGUUGAUUCGUUGAGCGAAGCCGGUAACGGUGAUACUGGGGUGCAUAUCUCUGCAAUUGCCCGCAAAAUUCCCAACUCUAAUGAAGGGUUCAUUCGCCAGGAAGUAGAAGGUUUGGUAGGGGAAGGAUUCUUGUUUACGGCCGAGGAUGAGAAUCAUGUCUUGAGCACCACCUCUUAGGGGGUGCGAAAGCGGAUCGGGUGCCUAAUAAUCAUGUACAUUGUAUGCAUAUCAAUUCAACGAAUUUCAUUUGAAUGCGGGUGUGUAAAUCUAUCGUAGUGGUACAUUGAAUGACAUCAGAAGUCUGUCGCCCUUCCGCCAUAAGACCAUUCGCGUUC